GUUAUCCUCAAAGUGUCCAAAAUAAGAAACUGGACAAAAUUAUGAGCCUUUCCCCUAAAUAUCUUGGCGUCACUCUUGACCGAUCACUGACAUACAAACCCCACUGCAAUAAUGUAAAAGACAAGGUUAAAACACGUAAUAAUUUACUACGUAAACUUGUAAACACUCAGUGGGGUGCUCAGCCGAAAGUGUUACGCACAUCUGCUCUUGCGUUAUCCUUUUCUGCAGCAGAGUACGCGGCUGAGGUAUGGGAGAGAUCGGCGCAUACAAAGAAAGUGGACGUUGCUCUCAACGAUACCGUGCGCAUUGUGACGGGGUGUUUAAAAAGCACACCCGUUACCAAAUUAUACCCGUUAGCGGGUAUUGCUCCUCCACAAAUAAGGAGACAAGUCAUCUCCAGCAAGGAAAUGUCUAAGGCUUAUAAAGAGCCAAGGCAUCUCCUUUAUGGUCGAGAGAGGGCGAAGCGGAGGCUGAAAUCUCGCAAGAGUUUCAGCCAAACUGUUUUGUGUCUCGAAACAAUACCGGAGUAUGCAAGACUUAAUUUAUGGAGGGAUGCCGUUCCUCCGAAUUUUGUCGAGCCCAAGGAAAGUCUUCCUCCUGGUGGUGAUCAGGACUGGAGAACGUGGAGAGCGCUCAAUCGUUUGAGAAGCGGGGUCGCACGAUCAAAAGACAACAGGAGACGAUGGGGUUUCACAGAAGGAGACGUUUUGUGUGACUGUGGGGUAGUUCAGACUACUGCCCACUUGUGUGUUUGUCCUUUGUCUCCUGCAUUUUGCAAUGUAGAAGAUUUGAUGUCGGCAAAUUCUGCCGCUAUUGACGUAGCCCGUUUCUGGGCAAGACAUGUUUAAUUUUUAAUGCCUCGACUCGA